AUGUGGAUAAAGCCUCGUCCAAUCCCACGUUAUGUGGUCUCCAUCAUGUGGAUAAAGCCUCAUCCAAUUCCACGUUACGUGGUCUCCAUCAUGUGGUUAAAGCCUCAUCCAAUUCCAUGUUACAUGGUCUCCAUCAUUUGGAUAAAGCCUCAUCCAAUCCCACGUUACAUGGUCUCCAUCAUUUGGAUAAAGCCUCAUCCAAUCCCACGUUACGUGGUCUCCAUGAUGUGGAUAAAGCCUCAUCCAAUCCCACGUUAUGUGGUCUCCAUGAUGUGGAUAAAGCCUCAUCCAAUCCCACGUUAUGUGGUCUCCAUGAUGUGGAUAAAGCCUCAUCCAAUCCCACGUUAUGUGGUCUCCAUGAUGUGGAUAAAGCCUCAUCCAAUCCCACGUUAUGUGGUCUCCAUGAUGUGGAUAAAGCCUCAUCCAAUCCCACGUUAUGUGGUCUCCUUCAUGUGGAUAAAGCCUCAUCCAAUCCCACAUUACGUGGUCUCCAUCAUUUGGAUAAAGCCUCAUCCAAUCCCACGUUAUGUGGUCUCCAUGAUGUGGAUAAAGCCUCAUCCAAUCCCACGUUAUGUGGUCUCCUUCAUGUGGAUAAAGCCUCAUCCAAUCCCACAUUACGUGGUCUCCAUCAUUUGGAUAAAGCCUCAUCCAAUCCCACGUUAUGUGGUCUCCAUCAUGUGGAUAAAGCCUCAUCCAAUCCCAUGUUACAUGGUCUCCAUCAUGUGGAUAAAGCCUCAUCCAAUCCCACGUUAUGUGGUCUCCAUCGUGUGGAUAAAGCCUCAUCCAAUCCCAUGUUACAUGGUCUCCAUCAUGUGGAUAAAGCCUCAUCCAAUCCCACAUUAUGUGGUCUCCAUCAUGUGGAUAAAGCCUCAUCCAAUCCCAUGUUACAUGGUCUCCAUCAUGUGGAUAAAGCCUCAUCCAAUCCCACAUUAUGUGGUCUCCAUCAUGUGGAUAAAGCCUCAUCCAAUCCCAUGUUACAUGGUCUCCAUCAUGUGGAUAAAGCCUCAUCCAAUCCCACAUUAUGUGGCCUCCAUCAUGUGGAUAAAGCCUCAGCCAAUCCACCAUUACGUGGUCUCCAUCAUGUGGAUAAAGCCUCAUCCAAUCCCACAUUACGUGGUCUCCAUCAUGUGGAUAAAGCCUUGUCCACUCCUGGAGAAGGCUUGGAUCCUAAUCGUUACUCAUGGUCAUGACUAA